UCUAGAAUACAAUCAGAACUGGCAAUGUUUUAACAGAUUGUAGACUAGUUAUUCCAACAGUUGUAUUAAAGUAUUGAAAGCCAGGAUAAAGUUGUUUAUUGAUAUCAAAUAUUUAGAAUCUUAAAAAUUAGAACACUAUUUUAAAAUGUAUUAGCUUCCCUUUAGUAAAGAAAGCAAUGUGAUGCGGCUUAGUAAACAACAAAUACAACAACAUGCGGAAAAUGAACAUAGACUAGAUCUAGAAUAGAACUUGUCAAAUACCUAGUCUACUUGAUUACAUUUUUAUAUGAGACUCCAAGCCCUGUUUAGUUGUUAUAGUCAUGAGAUAUAAUAGACCUAUACGCUUGUGUUUUGUUUUACUUUUUGUUACUUCUGUAUUUUCUGACAAAUUAAGUUGGAGUGGAGAUGCCGCCGACCGGUGUUUUUGCAAGCUUCAAGGUGAAGUUGAUGAUUGCUCUUGCAAAGUGGAGUCAUUGGAUUCUUUGAAUAACAACAAAAUUUAUCCUAUAUUAACAAGCUUACUAUCAAGGAACUACUUUCGAUAUUUUAAGGUAAAUUUGAAAAAGAGUUGCCCAUUUUGGUCGGAUGACAGCAGAUGUGCCUUGAGAGACUGUCAUGUUAAUGUUUGCCAGAAGGAUGAAGUGCCUAUCAAGAUACCCGAUGUGGAUACACAUUCUGAAAAACAUGAAAGAAAUAAGUACUUAAAAGAACUCAACGAAGGGAAGCAAGGAUUUGAGGAACGCUGUGCUGAAGAGAGAGAGCUAGGUGCAUUAGAUGCAACCAUAAGUGAGGAGAAAAAAGCGGAGUUUCAGACUUGGAAAGAGUAUGAUGAAACCCUUCCUUUAUUCUGUGAUAUUGAUGAUGAACAUUCAAAUGAUAUGGAAUAUGUUGACCUACUUUUGAAUCCAGAGCGCUAUACUGGCUACAAAGGGCCUUCACCGAGAAGAAUAUGGAGGUCCAUUUACGAGGAGAAUUGUUUUAAGCCAGAAAAAAAUUAUGGCUAUGGUCCAGACUAUGGUAAAGAUGCUUCAAUCGAAUCAAUGUUUUUCAUCGCUAGAGGUAUGUGUCUUGAAAAGCGUGUCUUUUUUCGCCUUAUUUCUGGUUUGCAUACUAGUAUCAACAUCCAUUUGUGUGAUAAAUAUCUGUUUCCAGCUAAAAAUGGAUUUGGACAAAGUUACUGGGACCAUAAUCUUCAAGAAUUCCAGCAACGAUUUGAUCCAGCAUUAACUCACGAUCAAGGACCCCAGCGACUUAAAAAUCUUUACUUUACUUAUCUGAUUGAGUUGAGAGCGCUGGCUAAAGCUGCGCCUUACUUGAAACAGAAAGGUUUCUAUACUGGAGAUAACCAAGAAGAUGAGGAUGUACAGAAAGGAGUCAAUGACCUUCUAGACAUUAUCAGGAAAUUCCCUGAUCAUUUUGAUGAAAGCCAACUGUUUAAAGGUAACACCAAGGAAAUGCAACAGCUCAAGUCUGAAUUUGUUCUCCACUUCCGUAAUAUAUCUCGCAUCAUGGAUUGUGUUGGCUGUGAUAAAUGCAAAUUGUGGGGAAAACUGCAGGUUCUAGGAAUGGGUACAGCUCUGAAGAUUCUCUUUUCUGGUGACAGCAUGGGUCCAGACUCUAUAGUGAAGUCUCAGGAUAAAGAUUUCCAGCUAACAAGAACAGAGAUAGUUGCACUCUUCAAUGCAUUUGGGAGGUUGUCCAGCAGCAUCCAUGCCAUUGAAACAUUCCGUAAAUUAGCCAGCUGAUGGACCUCUUCCACAUAAUCAGCCUUGACAUUUGGUUCUGUGUUCUGGAGCUUCAGUAGAGUUGUGAAAGUUUUUUUCUACUCAAGCAUUAAUCCAUUUUACUAGCUUGAGGGGGAGGGGGGACCAGUAUAUCCAAACGGAACUUUCCUCAGUAACCAUCAUGAUCUCAUGUAUCAACCACCAUCACAUGUCGCAAACCUCUUGUUGUAAGUUUUCUAAUGAAGUUUUCUUUCAUUAUCUAGUCACUUCUUGUCAUCUCAAACACCACAUGACUAACUUUAUUAGUUGAAUUCAGGAUAUAUAUAUCUUAACAAAACAGUUCUGGCAUUCAGUCAAACUCUAGAUUGUAUAAUCAUAAUUUUAGAUAGUUAAUGUGUUGGAUAUAUUUAAAAAAAAAAUGUUUUUACUACAGAAUUUUGCAUAAAUUGUAAGUCUAUUGCUUCUAAAAUGGUUAAUAUUUAUGUAUAUUGACUAUAUUUAGUAUAAGUAAGUAUGGACGAAUUUGAAGAUUGAGUUUUUUUUGUUUUUAUAAUGUACUUAAAACUGUUAAGCAGAGAGUCUUCUGUGUUUCCUAGCAGCUGUGAUGUCUAUCUGAAAGUUCUGUUUCUUGUGGUGUGCUCUGUUCCAUUUAUUGAAUGACUGCUUUCUUUGCGCACAAUUCACUUUCAUCUUGUUUUUAAGAGGGUGUAGUUCAGUUAUCUGUGUGUGUGUGUUUAUCAUGUCCGGAAUGAGAUUGCUAUUUAAAUUUGGACAUAUGAUAUCCUUGUUUAUAUAGUAACUGUGUUAUCUAAAUAAAUACAAAGAAAGACAGUAAAGAAUAUUUGUUGUGUAAACAAAUAUGAUUAUUUUUUUAUAAUUAAAUUGUUUUAUUUUUUAAAAAUCUCGUAUCAUUGUUAAGUUGAAGCUAUUUAUACAUAAGAUUAAAAAUAAUUAUUACUGUGAUUAUUUGAGAUACUUGAAUAAUUUAUUUUUUUUUUAAAUGAUGUUGAUAAUUUCUGCAGGGGCAUAAACUCAGUAUCUUCUUCACAAGAUUAGAACUGGUUUUGUACUUUAAAUGUAGACAAAUUUUGUCGCUUUAACUGCUGUCCCACAUGUAGCUAGGAGUUAAAUUGUUGUUUUAAAAAAAAGCUUUCCAAAAGUUGCCAUAAAAAGUUGAGAAAAUGGAGUAUCUUCGCUGUGUAAAAGUGGGUAGUAUGAAGACUAUUGUCACAGGCACAAAUAUGCUGAUGACUAAGUAUUUCAUGGAGAAAGUACAAAUGACAUGGUAGACUGUGAUCAUGUUGGUGGAGAAGGGGUCAUUGAAAAAUAGAAACCAUUUAAGUGAUCAAGGUUGUUUAUGGACUUUUUUUUUUUUGGUCUUCUUUUGUUGUUGCACAUAGUGUAGAGUUACAUGGGGCCCCAUUCUAUUCUUUUGUAAGCUUGUUUGAAGAUGGGGGUAGCAUCGACUCAUGGAGCUCAUUCAUCUAUGCUUUUUAACCAAUUGGUUUGUAUGUGUGUGUAAUUAAUUUUUAUAACAUUUAUGUUUCAUCAAUGGAAUAAUACUUACAGCAACAAAAAAUCCCACUUUGUUUAUAGAUAUGAUAAUAUUUUUGUUUAGAAUGGGCUUGUCAGUUGUAUAUUUUAUUCUUGGCUGAAUGCUUUAAAAAUAAUUUUACUUUCCCUGAGAAUAUAUAUAUAUAUAUAUAUAUAUAUAUACAUUUGUGAAUGAUUAGAGCUUGUUUGUUUUUUUAAUGAAAAUCUUGAGUGCUUUAACACUUUGUCUCUGGAAUUAUUUUCCCCACCUGAUGAAAUGAUUUAUUUAGCUCAUUUGUUGUGUACUAUCCUAGUACAAAUAAACUUGAAUCUGUUUGUAUCAUUUAUGUUAAUUUUGGUAUAGAAUGAAAUGAAAACGCUUGCCCUUGUUAGAAAAUGACAAAUAAUGUUUAUAAAAUUCAUUUUGCUUUCGUUAAUGAGAUGUAAAUCAGUGAAAAGAAUUGAAUUUUCCCUAAUACUUUGCAUAGCUUGUUUGAAAUAUGAAAAUAUUUACAAUGUACUAAAUAUAUUUAAUAGAGAAAUUGCAUUUAUUUAUAUAUACAUACAUUUUUAUUUUCAUAGGUGAAAUAUCCAAAUCUAGUUUAGAUAGAAGCCCUUUUGAGGUUCACUGUUGGUAAAACAAAAAUUAUUUUCUAAACCUUUUCAUUCUUGGUAGAAACAUAUUGAAAGACAAAACAAAAAGUCAUUAUGGUAAUGAAGGGAAAAUAUUUUAGAUUGAAAUGUUUUUAUUUUUUUAAAAUGUAUUUUGUACCAUUAUCUAGCAUGCUCAGAGUACUAUGGUUCAUGGAGCAUUAAACUUAAGCCCCUUUGAUAGAUAGCCAAACGGUUUUAGCCAUUCAGCCACACACACACUGUUUUUCAGAAAGACAUGACUUGAACAAUUUUGUACAAUGAGAGUAUCAUUUUAGAGACUAGAGUCAAUAACUAGAUGAUCAACUCAUUAAUAAAUGAUUUUGCUUUAUUCUCAAUAAACAUCUUGAUUCCAGGGUCAUAAAUUGCAAUUUACAAGUUUUUACAAUAUCAAGUUGCUCUAACCUAUCAUGAAAUGUACAAUGAAACAAUUUCUGAUGGCUCAACCUUUUUGUUUUUCAAUAGAUAUACUACUAACAUCUGUAAUUACUAUACUUGAUGCAUAAUAUAUACUUUUGUUUGCUUCUAUUGCUUUGAUGGUAGAAACUUAAAAAAAAAAAGCAUACAUGUUCAAUCGAUUAAAAGCUUUAUUGUUUUGAUAGCAUCUAGUCCUUUUGUAGAUGUAAAUGUCUUGUAUUUUCCUUUUUAAUAGCUGUAAUAUCUUUCUAUUAGUUAUCAGCUGUAUACAUUUUAACACAAUUGCUACUGCACAGAUUAAACUGUAGAUGCAGGUAUUAAGCUUUAAGCCAACUAUAUCAGUGAUUUGACAUUGUAGAAAAACUGUAGAUGCAGAUUUAAUCUUUAAGCCAAAUACAUCAGUGAUUUGACAUUGCAAGCCUACAACAUACACUGCAUUGACUUUCCUAUUACUUCUUGACAUCAGAUUGUCCUGAAUUAUAUGUAAGCAUCAUUUUAUGCUUUCUUACUUCUCUUUAAUUCAAGACUGCAAUCAGAGACACAAGUUACAAUGCCACAUCAAGUUAUUUCAUUUUGCAAGCCUUUUAAGAGUGGUUUAUGAAUAGCAUAAGAGAAAAUCUUCGCCUGAAACUAAUGAUCACACUAAUUAAAUGGAACUACUACCCCAUGGACUAAGUUUAAUCAUUCAAUAGCACCUCAGAUUAAAUGUAGUCAGCAUGAUGGAUGUACACAAUUGUUUCUUAGAAAUGAUUUUAUUUCUUUAUUUUUUUUCAUGCUUUUGCUAUCCGAAGAUAAUGUACCUCUUCAGUAUACUGAAAUCUGUUUUAUAUUUGAGAGUUCUAAUGGUUGACUUUUGUUUACUCCUAGGUAAUAGAAUGUUACCAUUGGACUAGAUGAACUUGUUGGAAUAGUUUGGAAUCUCAUCUAUUCACAUUUUUAACAUUCUUUACCAUCCCACUGAUAUCAUCAUUGAAAAUAUUUGAUGUGAAUACAUUUUGAAAAGUUCAUUUAAAGUCAAUUUAAGAGAAUUCUGUUAUUUGAAUUUUUAAAAGAGGUCUAUUAUUUAUAUAUAUAUAUAUAUAUUGUGCUCACAUGACUUUGCACAAUGUAUAUCAAGGUAUUUGUUCUAUCCGAUUAUUUAUUGACUUUUUCAUCAUCAUUUAUUUAUACAAAUAAUUUUUUUUAAUCACUUGGUUGAAGUCAUUCCUUUGCCAGAACGUUGUUUGAUGAAAUAUAAAAUGACGUUUAUUAAACACCA